AUGAACUUUGAUGCCCUUGUGGGAGUCCUACUCAGCGACACAGACGAGAACAUGAGUGGCGAGCUUUGCUGCUACCCAGGCUCGCACAUGGACCUAUCUGGCUACUUCCAGAAGCACGGCUUCAAAGAUGUGAUGCACAAAGGAGCCGAGGCGCUACCUAUCGGGAGGAAAACAGAUGAGGUGCUCCAGAAAGGGCCACUACACUGCAAUGGCAAAGCCGGCGAUGUUUUUCUGGCGAACUACAUGGUGGCGCACUUCAUCGCGCCCAACACUUCGCAGGACAUACGCUAUGCCGUCUACUUUCGCAUUCGGGGCCCUGCUUUCGAUGCAGAUCCGCUGCAGAAGGAGAGCAUGCUGCGCCCGCUGAUGAACUGGAGUCUGGAUGGCCCAGCAGCCCCGGCGUUGAGACCGACACCUUCCCUGAGACGUGCGGCUACAAUGGAAGAAGCUGAUCGCAUGGAAGAGGUGUCGGACCACUAUGCAACUGCAAACAACGACUACACCGUGCCCACCUGA